CUCUACCAAUGGAAAGCCUAGCUAUUCUCUUCGCCAUAGCAGCUGCUACAUCAGCCUAUCUCGUCUGGUUCUAUCUCCUAGCCCGGAAGCUCACCGGUCCCAAGGUAUGGCCUUUCGUUGGGAGCCUCCCGUCUCUCUUUCUGAACCGCUGGAGAAUCCACGACUGGAUGGCUAAUAACCUUCGCGCCACCGGUGGUUCAGCUACCUACCAAACUUGCACCAUCCCCAUUCCUUUCGUGGCUCGCAAGCAAGGGUUUUUCACCGUCACGUGUCACCCCAAGAACAUCGAGCACAUUCUCCGGACCCGGUUCGAUAACUACCCGAAAGGCCCGGACUGGCAGGCGGCUUUCCACGACCUGUUGGGCCAAGGGAUCUUCAACAGCGACGGCGAGACGUGGCUCAUACAGCGCAAAACGGCGGCGUUGGAGUUCACCACCCGGACUCUAAGGCAAGCCAUGGCUCGCUGGGUGAACCGGACUAUCAAGAACCGGCUCUGGUGCAUUUUGGAGAAAGCAGCUAAAGACAACACGUCGGUGGACUUGCAGGACUUGUUGCUACGCUUGACGUUCGAUAAUAUAUGCGGGCUCACGUUCGGUAAAGACCCGGAAACGCUCUCUCCGGGUUUACCCGAUAACCCGUUUGCCAUGUCAUUUGACACCGCCACCGAAUCCACUCUCCAACGCCUUCUCUACCCGGGUUUCCUUUGGAGGUUGGAAAAGAUUUUCUGUAUCGGAACGGAGAGGAGAUUGAAAGAAAGCCUUCAAGUCGUCGAAAACUACAUGAACGAUGCCAUCACGGCGCGCAAGGAAUCCCCGUCAGAUGAUUUACUCUCUCGCUUCAUGAACAAACGUGACGUCGACGGAAAACCCUUCUCAAUCUCCGUCCUCCAACGCAUCGCUCUGAACUUCGUCCUCGCCGGACGCGACACAUCGUCGGUGGCGCUGAGCUGGUUCUUCUGGCUCGUCAUGCACUACCCGGAGGUCGAGGACAAGAUCAUCAAGGAGAUAUCAACGGUCCUGAAUGACACACGUGGCGCCGACCACCAGAAAUGGAUCCAAGAGCCGUUGGUGUUCGACGAGGCCGACAGGUUGGUCUACCUGAAAGCCGCACUUGCAGAAACGCUGCGUUUGUUCCCGUCCGUGCCGGAGGACUUCAAGUACGUCGUGUCGGACGAUGUUUUACCUGAUGGCACGUUCGUACCGGCAGGUUCGACGGUCACGUAUUCUAUAUAUUCGGUUGGGAGGAUGAAGAGCAUAUGGGGCGAGGACUGCAUGGAGUUUAAACCGGACCGGUGGCUCUCGGCAGAAGGAGACCGGUUCGAACCGCCCAAAGAUGGGUACAAGUUCGUGGCGUUCAAUGCUGGACCGAGGACUUGUUUGGGGAAGGACUUGGCUUACCUGCAAAUGAAGUCUGUGGCCUCGGCUGUGCUUUUGAGGUAUCGGAUAUCGCCCGUUCCCGGUCAUCGCGUGGAGCAGAAGAUGUCUCUCACUCUGUUCAUGAAGAAUGGGCUCCACGUGUACUUGAAUCCACGUCAGCUCUCUGUGUGAAAAAGGAUGGGGGCAAUAUGGUGAUUCAGUUGGUUAUUUGUGAGGGCAUAGUUGUCAAUGUGGCAGGUAAAGGGAAAGGGUGUAAUAGUCAUUCAAUUUGUUGUUUUGCUAUGAUAUGUUACUUUAAUUUUCCUUGUUUGUUGGGUUAGGUGAGUUGAAUUCGAGUACAGUUUGCUCGUCUAAGUUGGAAGAUUAAUGUCUUCGUGACGUUCAUAUUCCAUGUCAGUAGAUAUGGGUUUUCUUUUUUUUAUAUGUUUAUCAAUAAAAUAUACCACAAAGUUAUUUUCUUUAUUC